AUGAGAACCAGCAACAAGAAACCGGCUGGGAAACGGCAGCAGCUGAUCGCCAGCUUUUUUGCGGCGGCUCCGGGUCGAAAACAACAAACUACUCCUGAAAAGGUCCUUGCUGGUAGGGCAUCCUCGAGACUUUCGUCUAUCACAACCUCCAAAGGUGCAUUUGAUGAGUUUGGCUCCUCCGAUACAUCCUUCGGGCUGCCUGAAAUGAACAAUUUCAGCAAUCCGGUUCUUUCCAAGUUGUCCAGAUCGGCCUCCGCCACUGGUCUGCCAGAAAGGCCCAGGUCCGCUCUGCCCACAAAAGAGUUGUUUGUUGUGGCUGAUUCAGAUGAUGAGAAAGAAAACAGAGUCCCCGGUCCUGCCAAAAAGGUCACUCUAAAACGGUCAGGCUCCUCCAGCUUGACUGAAUUGUUCAAUGGCUCAAAAAAGCCAACAAGAAGACCACAGCAGCCUCUGUUUACCCAGCCUCCACCUACACUGGCUGAGGGUAAGAUGAUAAGACUCAGUGACGAGCAGAGAGCAAUUGUGAACUACGUGGUGCACAAGCAAGAAAACGUCUUUUUUACAGGUUCUGCCGGUACCGGUAAGUCGGUGGUGCUUCGGCACUUGGUGCAAGAGUUGUGUAGAAAGCACGGCCUGAUCAAUGUGGGUGUUACCGCAUCAACAGGGUUGGCUGCAUGCAACAUCAACGGCCAAACGGUACACAAGUUUUUGAGCAUAGGGUUGGGCACAGGCAGCCCGCAGGAUUUGGCUAACAAGAUCAAGAAGCAAGGUACUGCCAGGAGAAAAUGGCGCUCGAUCAAGGUUCUCAUCAUCGAUGAGAUCUCCAUGAUUGACGGCAACUUGUUUACAAAGAUCGACCAGGUGGCACAAAUCUUGAGAAAUUCACAGCAGCCGUUCGGCGGUAUCCAGGUGGUUUGCACUGGUGAUUUUUUCCAGCUCCCUCCGGUAUCUCGAGACAGACUGAGCCAGUACUGUUUCCAGAGUCCAUCUUGGGCAAGAGCAAUGACGCAUACAAUCACUCUUACACAAGUCUUCCGUCAAAAGGGCGAUACAGAGUUGAUUGACAUGCUCAAUGCCUUGCGUAAGGGCGAGUUGGACGGCACCAUGGUGAUGAAGUUUCAUCUGCUACUGCGCAAGGUCCACUACACAGAUGGCAUAGAACCUACGGAGCUCUUCCCUACAAGGCAAGAGGUCAAGAGGGCUAACGAAUCGAGAUUGCAUCAACUCCCAGGAGUGUCACAAAGGUAUGUGGCGAAGGACAAUGAGCUGGAUCCAUACCUACGGAAGUUGUAUGAGAACUUGAUGUGCGAGGAAGUUCUUGAAUUGAAGGUCGGCGCUCAAGUUAUGUACUUGAAAAACCAUCCUGAUGAUGUGGUGGUUAACGGGUCGAUUGGCACGGUUUUGGGUUUUAUCGGCGAGGGGCUAUGGGGUACAGUAUGUCAAAUAUUUGGCGUCAGAGAGCUUUUGGAUGCAUCGCCUGAGUUCGUUCUCUUGGUCAGGCUUGUCUGUGGGUUAGUGGGCAAAAGUGAAUACACGGACGAGCAAAGAGCAAUGUUUGCAGGCUUGCCGUCCGAGUGGAAGUCAAAGAUGAGUAAAAUGGCCGCAGAAGCUUUUAAAGCCCCAGCGUCAGACGCACUAUUACCUAUUGUGAACUUCCGUACGUCUUCAGGAUACGCAUUGAUAAUGGUGCGCCGCGAGGAAUUCACCGUUGAUCCCGGCAAGGCAAUGAACUUUCUGGAAAAGAAAGAUGGUAUGAUAAGAGAGCAGCUUCCACUUCUUCUAGCAUGGGCCAUGUCGAUCCACAAGGCGCAAGGCCAGUCGAUAGAUCGACUCAGAGUUGACUUACGUAAGAUUUUUGAAAAAGGUCAGGUCUAUGUUGCUCUUUCUCGAGCCACCUGCAAAGACCACUUGGAAAUUCUCAACUUCGAUCACCGACGCAUUGCGGUUUCCAAAGAAGUUCGAGAUUUCUACGACUCCUUGGAGCGAAGAUGUGAUGGUGAGGAGGUCUGUUCGAACUGUCGCAAACAUGGACUCAAGUGUGAGAGGCCUGAAGACGAUAAGCGAAGUGUGAGAUUGACCACCACAGAAACCCAAAAGCUCCGUAGCUUGGCAUCGCUGCUUCAGAGCACCUUGUCCAGAGUCCACAGUGUGGCCUUUCAAGAUAAGCAAAUUUCCAGUGAAACGAUUCUCGAAGAGAUAAGACGGCUUCUUGAACCUUCCAUAAAUAAAACUGAGGGUGUGGAAAUGCCGGCAAAGAGAAAGCUUCCGGUGUCGAUAGGUGCCACCAGUGGAGGCAGUUACUCCAUCUUUGGACCCACCUCAGCGUUCUACAACUUGGUGGAUAUGUCGAACAACUCAGAUUCCGCUGAUCCCUUCGACAAUAUGCUUAUGAACUCGUCGUCAUUGAUCACUUGCCUCGAGAACUUCUUUAAGUAUCAGUACCCAGACAUCGCAACCUUUAUUCACAGAGAGAGUUUCCUUAACGAUUUUCUACAUCCACUGAAUUUUAGGGGCUACUGCUCCGAAGAGCUCAUUUAUGCAAUCGCAGCGUUAGGUGCAAAGUGCUCUGAAGACGAGAAUUUACGUGGAUUGGCGGGCUCCUUUUUCGAAACGUCCAAGACGAAAAUAUUCUCAAAGAAGAUCUGUGUUCCCCACGUCAAUACCCUUCAAGCACUUCUUUGUCUUUCCCUUUAUGAGCUAGGCGACGGCAAUGCUUCCGCAAGCUGGAUGUUGUCGGGUAUGGCAUUCAGAAUGGGGUACGAUUUGGGCUUUCAGUUGAAUCCACAAGACUGGGCAAUUGAACAAGGCACAGGCGAGGCUCACCAGGCUAUUAUCACAAACCUGGACGUGAUGAUCCGUUCUCGUGUUUAUUGGGGUUGUUUUGUGUUUGAUCACUUUGUCAGUCUUCUAAUGGGACGACCAGUCACGGUGAGAAAGUCUGAAGCAACAAUUCCGUCCAGUGAGCAUCUACCGAACUCUACUGGUAUUGACAAUUUCAUCUUCCAGCCCACAAAAGACCCGUCCAGUGUGGAGAAUAUCGAUGCCUCACAGUCAUUGGUUUCUUUGUGCUCGUUAAGUGAGUGCAUCGGCCUGGUUCUCACGGAGAUUUUCUCAAAGGACUCAGCGGGUGAUGAUAUGUCUUAUCUUACCAAACGAAAGAUCCACGACUUCAAUCAGUAUUUGGCGGAGUGGAGGAGCAAAAUUCCAGUGGAGAUGCGUUGGAACCGAGCUACCUUGAAGAGACAAAACUACAAUCCCACAGUACUGAAUUUCAGACUUUACUAUUAUAUCUUGAUUUUGUGCUUGAACAGACCGUUCAUGAACAUAAAAGUGGAAGAUAACCCAUCACAUUCAUUAUGCAAUUCUGCCAUUUCUGAGCUUGCCAUCUGUCUCGAUAAGUUUAACAUGUCAGGAAUUCCACCCUCAAUCCUCGUUGUCUACCUGUCGAUCCUAGGAAUUAGUGUCACUUUAUUAAAGAUUCACUCAAAUCCUAUCAUGCUGGUAUCAGACCAGGACAUCGACAACUUGAAAGUGUAUUAUACGACGAUCUCGAGAUCGUGCCAGAACUGGAAGCUCGCCACGCGCUCACUUCUUUACUUGAAAAAGAAAAUAGCAGAGUUGGGACUCAAUGACCUCAACAAGAUCUUUACGUCCGCAGCUGAGGCCUACCAAGAACAUCAUUCGCAGACCGAUUGGGACCAACUCUUCGACGGCAUGGACGCCAAUAUGGACUGGGCGUUAUCAGAUAAUGUCUUCUCGAACUUCUUCGACUUCCUUAACACAGACGACGUAACCCGCGUCAAUCCGUGA